GAACAAAGCUUAUAUAAAGAAUAUCUAUAAAUGUUGACAUGGUUCAGUGUAGAUGAUUAGAGACGAAUUAAUUCUAUUUUAAAAGUUAGGGUCCGCGGUACGCGUAAUCUUCACUGCUAUCGAGUCGUGCUAACGUUAAACAUUAAUAGUAACAUUACUAUAGUGAUAUAAACUUUUCAUUGGAUGUGAAUAUUUUUAUUAAAAAUUGUAGUGAAACGAUCAGCUGUUCGAGUGGAAGCAUUUGUUAAACUUCGCGUUUACUCUUUUGGGUAAUGUAAUCGCAUUACCUCUUCGUAAACAUUUAUAUUAAACGUUUAUAGAUAUUGUAAAUCUGGCGACUGAAAUUAGAUAUCGAAUUGGAAUGAGACUGAUCUUAAAAAAGUUUAUUAUUCAUACAUCUUCAGAUCAUUUCUCAGAGGACUUUGAAAACGCCAUAAUUUAGCUUUUUUAUUCAUUAAAUUAUUUCAAACGUAUAAUUACACAGAAAUUUCGAGGUUUCCCUUCGUAUUCCGUAAAAUAAUAUACAUUUUUUGUCGUAUAAUAUUUAAAAAGGAAAUUACAACAACAAUGUCUUCAAGGACACAAUACAAUGAGAAAGAAGAAUGCAAAGGUGCCCAGGCGCCGAAAACGAAAGUCUUGCGACAAUUCGGGCCGCUUCUAGUGGCCAUGGUAGGACUACCGGGUAGGGGAAAGAGCGUAUUGGCGAAAAGAUUAUCCAGAUAUUUGAAUUAUACCGGAGACAAAACUAGAGUGUACGAUAUAAGCGCCUACCGUCGAAAACACGUCAAAGAAUACGGAUCGCACGAAAUGUUUAGAGCCGAUAAUUUACCGGCUUGGCGUAUACGUCAAAAGAGCUUCCGUGAAGCUCUAGAAGACGCCGCCGCUUGGUUACAAGAUUCCAACAACAACGUUGCCAUUUUAGACGGACCGAAUGUAUCGAGAGGUCAAAGACAAGAAAUUUACGAUCUUAUUUACAAGCAAUUAGGAUUUAGGGUUAUGUUCAUCGAGUGCGUGUGCGAAGAUCCAGUAUUAUUAGAAAGAAAUUUCAAGGAAAUAUUGCGGUAUAGCUCCGAUUAUCGCGAUAUGGCUACGGAGGAAGCGUUGAAAGAUUUGACACACAAAAUGGCACACUAUCAAGCCCAAUACGAAUCGCCGACACUUGGUAGUUUGUGGGAACUACCUUGUCCCAUGGUAAAGAUAUUAGACGAUGGAGACGGCGGUAUUAUAGCUCAUGGAGUCAACGGACAAAAAGAAAGCAAAAUAUUAGCUUAUAUUUCAACCCCGAAACAAAAACAACAAACCCUCUAUUUCAGCAGACACGGCGAGAGCGAAUACAACGUUAUCGGGAAGAUUGGAGGUAACGCGAGACUUUCUCCAAGAGGAAGAAUGUACGGGAAAGCUCUCGCCAAACAUAUACACGCGUUAAAUCUACCAGGUCUCCAAGUUUGGACGUCCACGUUACAAAGAACAAAAGAAACGGUUGCCGGUAUCCAAGCUCCACAACAACAUCUACCAGAAUUAGACGAAAUCUGGUCGGGCGAAUGCGAAAGUCUCACGUACGAAGAACUACAGGAGCGCUUCCCUAAGGAAUUGGCAUUGAGGGAUAGGGAAAAAUUGAAGUACCGUUACCCGCAAGGUGAAUCCUACAUCGAUGUGAUGUGCCGUUUGAUACCGGUCCUGACUCAACUCGAAUGCGAAACCAACGUCCUCACCAUAUCCCACCAGGCGGUUUUGCGUUGCGUAUUGGGAUACUUUUUGGAAACGCCGCCCGACGAAAUACCCUACAUCCACGUUCCUUUACAUACCAUCAUCAAAUUGACUCUAAAAGGACACAGUUACAGCAUGGAAACUGUCAAAAUGGCAAUAGAUUGCGUCGAUACCAACAGAGCUAAACCUUUGAAUUGUUCCGAGAAUAGGACGGCGGCAGAGGCUCUGCUAACUCUACCGAAACAUUAUGAUUCGUUGUCGAAUUUGAAUAAUUUGAUGUCGUGUACAUAGCUUAUGUUGGGAAAGUGUUCUUUCAUCUAGCGUUGAAUAUUUAUUCGAAAUGUCAUAGAUCCGUGUUACCCAAAUGUGAACUUUUUUUCUCAAUCCACAGAUCUACUGAUAAACUUGAAAUUACAAUCAUAAAAGAAGAAAAAUCCCAAUUGGAUUUGAAAAAAAAUAUCAAUUAAUCGAAUUUACCCUGUAUACCGAACCUAGAAGAAAGAAAAAGUAGAUUAAGAUCUAAAAAAAGACCCUUUAAGGCCCUAUACCAAACUCUGUCAUGUUUAUCUCAAUGUUUUUACCCUUGAAAUUUAAUUGAAAAACUUGCUUAGAGAUUUGAAGUUAGGGGAUUGAGUUACCCCUGAAAAAUAUUUAGUUACCUCUUGAAACCUAGUUGCAAAAGGUUAUAAUUUUGAAGCUGACAUAUUCAAUUACCCCUGAAAAAUAGUUGACUUUGACCGAUUCAAAUUGAUGAAAAUCGGUGCAACAGCUUUCAGAGUUAUAGAAAAGAUACAUAAAAAAUUGAAUCACUCCUGAAAAGGUUAUAGGUUUGUAAUAGGUACCCCUGAAAUACAAUUUGAAAUGAUAAUUGUAAGUUAGCAGAUUGAAACCAAUUGAAAAUCAGAAUUAAAAAACUGAGUUAGUUAUAGAAUUGACACUGAAAUAUUGAGUCACCCCUGAAAGUUACUUAGGGUUAAGUUUGAUGUUACCCCUGAAAAUAACUUCAAAAUGAAGGCUACAAGAAAAGUUGGCAGAUCGAAUCCGACUGAAAGUAGGGAUUAUAGGAUCGAAAAUUUGUUUUAAGUCACUCCUGAAAGUUAUAAGUUUGAGGUUAGAAUAAUGAAUCGCCCAUGAAAAUGAUUUGACAAUUGACAGAUUCAAAUUUAAUCGUUGACGUUUGCAUUUGGGUGACAUUGAUUGUACUCAUCAGUUUAAAAUUGCUUCCUCGCAAAUAUUUGUAGUGAUUUUAUUAAAAUUCUCUUGUUCUAACAGUUACAUUAUCGAGAAUGAAGAUAAUAUGUCGUAAUUUUCAAAAUCUUCUUUAGGUGUUAGAAUGGAGCUUACUGUACCUUGUAUUUGGCUUCUUCAGCCAAUUUAGUUUCAUAUAAUUGAAUAAUCGACAAUUUGAUGAAAGAAAAUUUCUUAAUGAUAGAAAUUUAUUUGUCGUAUUAACCAUUCGAUAAUAUAUUUUUAUAUUGUGACUGUUCCCUGUAUAAUUAUUGGAUUAACUGCAGUUUUUAUUUAAACAGUGUGUUUAUUACUUUCAAAAAUUACUAUUUCAAAGAAAAAAUAAUAAAAUAGGUUCUGGAAAACGAGAAGAUUGUGAUUGAGAAGAAGAGAAUAAAAAGCUUGUAGGAACAGUGAGAAGAAGCUUACUGUUGAGAUACGAUAAAAAAAGUUGAAAUACAAUAUAGAGAUCAUAAUAUGAUGAUAAAAGAGUAGGGAGUUUACGUAAAAUUGAAUGGAGAAGACUGAUGAUGUGAUACGAAAAGAGAAUCCGUUUAAAUUCUUGUUGAUUUUUGAAUUUUUAUAUAUUCUAUUAUAAAAGAAAACUGUGGUUAAACCAAUAAAAAAAUUACUAAUAAUCGUCACAAAGUGAGUUUGAAACGGAAAGUUUGUACUAAGAAUUUUUCGAAAAUAUGUAAUACUACAUUAGUAUUUUUUUUAAUUAUUUUCUGAAUAGUGGUUAGCAAACUUUACAUUGUAUAUGAUACUAUGACUGCAAUAUAUGUUUGAAAAUCAAA